AUGACUGAUUGGAAAUAUGCACUUUCGUUGCCGCAUAGCGAAGUGAAGAACCAAGCUCCACCUGGAACGAUGCGACUCGUAGAACGCUUGAGUCAGACCAGGACUCAAGAUGGCCGGAUUAUCAAGUUCCCCGUUCCUUCCGCCGACCCUGCGGACCCUCUGAACUGGGACCUUUGGCGGAAGACAGCCUGUCUCUCAGUCGUAUCGCUGUAUGCCUGUGUAGCCAACUUCACGGGGACAUCUCUUGUCCCGGCGUUGCCACUAUGGAAUAAGACGUUCCCCCAACAUCCAAAGCCGCUUGCACAGCUGAAUCAACUCAUUGCAAUCCAAGUUUUAAUGAUGGGUCUAGGGAAUAUUUUCUGGGUUCCAUUGGCAAACGUCUUCGGCAAACGAGCCAUACUCAUCGCCGCGACUCUGAUGCUAGUCAUCUCGACUUUCUGCGGUGGCCUAACAUCAUCUUUUGAGAAUCUCCUAGUGAUCAGGGUAUUUCAAGGAAUAGGGGGUGCGGCAUCAGAGACAAUAGCUCCUGGCGUAGUAGGAGAUGUCUUCUUUGCGAACCAACGUGGGCGCGCUAUGGGGGCUUUCACUGCUUCCCUCGCCAGCGGUGCCAUUGUCGGUGGCAUUUCUGGUGGGUACAUUGCCCAUCAACUGGGUUGGACUUACAUAUUUUGGGUCCAGACGGCGCUCACUAGCACCGUGUUCCUUGGUACACUAUUCCUGGUCCCAGAAACGCUCUUCGCUCGCGAGAUUGCCUCGCCGCAGCCGACGCUGCACGAUGCUGUCAUCUUCAAGCACGCAGAUUCAGUGAAAGACGAGUACAAGCCUUACACCUCCCUGCGCUCUCUGAGAAUCGGGCGGUACGAGGGUAAUAUUGUGCGUCACUUCGUCAAACCUUGGCUAACCUUGCGAUUGCCUGGAACUUGGGUCAUCAUGUUGCAGUAUGGCGGCAUUGUGGGCGGUGUCGUUGUCAUGACGACCGUCGGCCCUCAGCUUCUGAUUCAGCCGCCGUACAGAUGGGGGCAAAAUGCCGGGCUUAUUUUUGUGGGAUCGUUGGUUGGAAUCAUCAUAGCUGGUUUCGUCACUCACCUCUGCACGGAUUGGCUGCUCGAGAGGGGCGCGAAGCGUGAGAAUCACGGUUAUGCCGAACCGGAGACGAGGUUAUACCUGAUGCUCCCGGCUCUUCUCAUCGCUACAGGAGGAUUACUAGUGUUCGGUUUCUGUGCUCAGUAUCCCGGACCGAAUAUGUGGGUUGGACUCAGCUUUGGCAGUGGGAUGGCUGCGUACGGGAAUGCCCAGGUACCUUCAGUUGGUUUCGGCUAUCUUAUCGAUGCAUACUCAGUGGUGGCUGGAGACUGCUUCGUCAUGGUCUGCGUGCUGCGAGCCAUCAUAGGCUUCUCAUGGACAUUCUUCGUUGGAGAGUGGACGAGUCACGCCGGAUACGCCCUGCCGUUUGGAGUCUUCGCAGCGAUUCUGGGUACGUUCUCUCUGCUGACCAUCCCACUGAUUAUAUGGGGAAAGAGAUGCAGAAUCGCGACCGCUCGGUUGAUAACUCGCGACUUUCGUUCUGUGUCCCCCUGGGAGUCCCCCUGGGAGCUUCUAUCCUUCUACUUCUGGGACGCUACCGCCAUGCAGUCGUAUUAA